CUUUGCCUCCCAGCCCCUGAACCCCUCCCACUGAACUGCGGGACCCAGCGGAGCGGGCCAGGCGAGGCUGGCGACGCUGCCCGCUCCCGGGCUGGCAAGGGCCGCGGGCGCCGGGCUCGGGGCUCCAGAAGCCUCCGAUGGGAAGCAGCACUCGAAAGGGUGAGAGACGCAGCCGCGGCCACCCAUACCACCGCGGUCACCAUGGGGAACAAGCAGACCAUCUUCACUGAAGAGCAGCUGGACAACUACCAGGACUGCACUUUCUUCAAUAAGAAGGACAUCCUCAAGCUUCAUGCACGGUUCUAUGAGCUGGCCCCCAACCUCGUCCCAAUGGACUACAGGAAGAGUCCCAUCGUCCAUGUACCCAUGAGCCUCAUCAUUCAGAUGCCGGAGCUCCGGGAGAAUCCCUUCAAGGAGAGGAUUGUGGAGGCUUUCUCUGAGGAUGGUGAGGGGAACCUCACUUUCAAUGACUUUGUGGACAUGUUCUCUGUGCUCUGUGAGUCGGCGCCUCGGGAGCUCAAGGCGAACUAUGCCUUCAAGAUCUAUGACUUCAACACUGACAACUUCAUCUGUAAAGAAGACUUAGAGCUGACGCUGGCCCGCCUCACUAAGUCAGAGCUGGAGGAGGAUGAGGUAGUGCUUGUGUGUGACAAAGUCAUUGAAGAAGCUGACCUGGACGGUGACGGCAAGCUGGGCUUUGCUGACUUUGAGGACAUGAUCGCCAAGGCCCCUGAUUUUCUCAGCACCUUCCACAUCCGAAUCUGAGGACACUGCCCAGGCUGUGGGGAGCUGGAGCUCUGUCCUCUGGCCUGCUGUCUGUGCAGGUAUGGUUUCCAAGGAAAGGAGCUGUGGCCUCUGGGGUUUUCACCCAUGGACAUUUCCUGUGGCCCUUUCAGCAAAAAAUAAAAUAAAAUAAAAUAAAAACCAACAAAAAAACCUUAA